AUGGGAUCAUCUCAGUGCUAUUGAGUACUUCGAAAAAUUGAUACAAAAGCAGACAUCGGCUUAGACAUAAGAGACAGUUUCCUUAGCAACUGUUCCUUAUUUACUCAACCGCCUCCACAACUGGACAAAGAUUACGAGGAAUUAGAGUUCUAUGAGACAUUAGCUGCUCAAGCUCAGAGAAUAUUUGAACUCUAUAGCGAACUUACAAAAUCAGAUUACCCGAUGAGAGUCUCUCAAAUCAAUAAAGUACUCGGAAUCGUAAAUGAGCACAUGGAACGCUCUAAAUGGAAGUACCAAGGAGCCUAUCCUGAUGACUACAGAGUCAGAUACAGCGAUAUGGGUGCUACUGUCAGCACUCUUCUUCAAGAAUGUCAUCAAACUAUUUCAGAGUCCAAAGAAAAUAUGCUGAUGCCAGAAGCUCCUCAUGAUACUGGAGUACCUCUUGAAAUGGUAAAGCAGCUUAAUUUUGAAGAAGAUAUUCUAUCUGAGUCCCUGAAGCUCGACACUGAUAUGUGAAAAGAGCUCUACAUUAAGACAGUCGGAGGAUAUAUUACCCAAGGCAGAAAUAUUAAUUUUGUUAACCUUAAAAACAAGGAUGAGGAAGUGUAUUUAAAGCAAAGCUCGACCUUAACUCAAGCUGGCUCAUACAACUUCUUUAUUGACCAUGUGCCAGCUCUCACUAGAAGGAGCAAGUUGCUCUUGAAGAACUGCUUCCCAGCCAAGACUGAGAGAUUUAGAUUUAACGGAAGAAACGAUAACUUGCUCGAUAUUAGUUUCUACCUCAAAGAUAUCACCAGUGUUAGCCAUAGAGUAAUGAAAGAAGUCCACAUAUGAAAUUUCUCCAUCAAUGAAAUACAGUUGAAGAAACUUCUAUUUGCGUACAGAUCGAUCAAAGAAUUCAUGCUCAAGAAAUGCAAGGUGAUGACACCCACAGUCCCUGACCUAGAUAAGGCUCUGAAGGGGUGUGCAAUAAAACAUUUAGAUUUUGAGCUUUGAGGCAUUUCAAAACUGAGUGAUUGGGAUAACAACUUACACCAAUUUGAAAACCUUAUAUAUGGACUUUCCACAACUGACUUGAUAAGCACCUUGGAACAAAUUAGCAUCUCGUCAUGCAACAUUAGUGAGAAGUAUGUCAGAAGAAAGCUGAAUAAAUAUGGCUUCAAUAGAGUCAAAAUUCAUGGGUUCUAUUAAG